CACUGUCGGAACUUAAACAGUGUGACACCCAGCGGAAGUAAACAACACAACACGCCCGUAGCGUUAGCUGCAUGCUCGUGUUGAGUGAGCUGGAGGAGACUGUAUUGUAACGUAGUGCAGAUAGUUAUUUCAGCUGUAAUUAAGCAACAAUGUCUUCAGUUGGGUAUUUGAGAGAGUUUGUCAACGAGCGAGGAACUGCUGCUGCUGAAGAAAUAUUCAGAGUUUAAAAAAAACAAAAACAAAACAAACUAUCGUGGAGUACGACGAAGAGAUCCGUCGUCAGCGCAGACUGUCGGAUAUCGUUUGGAAACCCGAAACAAAGUUACACAGGAUAGACUGGAGAGAACUUGAGGAGAACUGUGCUCAGACGGACGUUUGAUUUUACGUACAUAGAGAGUUUGGCAGUUUGCAGAGGAAAGUUCCAGAAGUCACAUGAACAUGGACUCGAUCUACAGUGACCACACAUACUCACACUGUUUCAACCAUCGAGCUUUACCUACAGAUGUCCAGAAAGUGAUUGUUGGAGAAGAACAUCAGCAGGAGUGGAGCUCCAGUCUGGACCAGGAGGACAAAAUGCCCCCACACAUUAAAGAGGAACAGGUGGAACUCCGGAUCAGUCAGGAUGGAGAGCAGCUUCAAGGGCUGGAGGAGGCUGAUAUCACCAAGUUCCCAUUCACUCUUCUCCAUGUAAAGAGUGAAGAUAAUAAAGAGAAACCACAGUUCUUACAGCUUUGUCAAAGACAAACUCAACACAUGGAAACAGAAGCUGAUGGAGAGGACUGUGGAGGACCAGAAACAACCAGGAACACGUAUCAAGAUACACGUUUACAACCAGAUACUGAUGCCAAGACUGGAGACGCAUCUGAAUCUGAGACUGAUGAUAGUGAGGAUUGGAAGGAGACCAGAGAACCUCAGUCAGGUGUCCCUGUCAGUGAUUCCAGAUGUAGUGCUGCUUUCCGACUGUGGGCAAAAGGCACAGGUGAGACACUUGUUUCUCUGUCACCGCUGUCGGAGUCGAAGGAGCAACACAUUUACUACAUUGCUCAAGAGGGGGUCCAGCUAAAAGAGAGCUCUCAGCUAAAGCAUGGCCUACUGAAAGUUCCCAGACACAGAAACUCUUCUCUAGCACAUGGCUUGAGUGCCUGCUUGGAGUAA